AGAUUCUUCCAUUAUUACCCGGUUGGGGCAAAAUGGAUCUUGCGCAGUAACCUGCAAGUCUGUAAAAAACAGGUAAAAAUCACCUAGCUGGGCGAAAAAGAGAAAGGAAGCCUCUGUUUACCAAUGAUAAGGAAUAAGAGCUAUCUAUAACGCCGCUGAUUAAGAAGAUGCCGUUUUUUGGCAACACCUUCAGUCCAAAGAAGACCCCUCCUCGCAAGUCUGUUUCUCUCUCCAAUCUGCACACGUUGGAUCGGUCUACGAGGGAAAUAGAGUUGGGUCUUGAAUAUGGAGCCCCUGUAAUGAACAUCGGGGGGCAGAGCUUGAAAUUUGAAGAGGGACAAUGGAUUGCAGAGUCUGGAGGGAAUGCAUCAGGGAAGGAGGUGCAGAGACUAAAAAAGAGGAACUUACAGCUUGAAGAGGAGAACAACCUACUGAGYCUGAAGAUUGACCUCCUGUUGGACAUGUUGUCAGAAACCACUGCAGAGUCUCACCUGAUGGAGAAGGAACUGGAGGAGGUGAAAAAUCACAGUCGAAGGAAGAAGUGAUGAAUAGAAAACUGAAGACGGGUUCCCAGUAACACUUGAAAAGGAAUGAAUUAAGAGGAAUGAGGAAGGGGAUAGAUAAGGGAUGGUGAUGGAUGGCAGUGUUAGUGACCAACUGUACUGUAAAAUUAGACUUAUCGUUAUAUGGAUUUUAAAUCAUUGAAGGUAUGAGAGUUUUUAAAUGUGCCCUAUCCUUUUAUGAAAAUGAAUUUCUUUGAUUCAUUAACUUUUGUAAGCAUUAUCGUAUCAGUGCUGAACUAUUUUAGAAUACUAUGAUUUAUAUUCAACGUCCUGUGUGUGUAUGGUUUUGGCAGCUGUGUGUAUUGGAAUAUUUGUUUUCAUAUCCUUUCUACUUUAAUAAAAGGUUUUAACUACA